UGGGCGUGGCUUUGGGAGUGAGCGGGACGCUUGUCCCGCGAGGAGUUCUGCGGGAAGUGGCGGGAGCGGCAGCUAUGGAGUCGCAGGAGGAGAAAGAAGCCCAGGUUGCCACGUGGUUAAAAAAAAUAUUUGGAGAUCAUCCCAUUCCACAGUAUGAGGUGAACCCACGGACCACAGAGAUUUUGUAUCACCUUUCAGAACGCAACAGGGUCCGGGACAGGGACGUCCACCUGGUAAUAGAGGACUUGAAACAGAAAGCAAGUGAAUAUGAAUCAGAAGCCAAGCAUCUUCAAGACCUUCUUAUGGAGAGUGUGAAUUUUUCCCCUGCCAAUCUCUCUAGCACUGGUUCCAGAUAUCUGAAUGCUUUGGUCGACAGUGCAGUGGCCCUUGAAACAAAGGAUACCUCACUAACUAGUUUUAUCCCUGCAGUGAAUGAUUUGACCUCUGAUCUGUUUCGUACCAAAUCUAAAAAUGAAGAAAUCAAGGUUGAACUGGGAAAACUUGAAAAAAAUCUAACUGCAACUUUAGUGUUAGAAAAAUGUCUACAAGAGGAUCUCAAGAAGGCAGAAUUGCAUCUGUCCACAUUAAGGGCCAAAGUUGACCAUCGUCUUCAGAACAUGGACUUUCUGAAAGCAAAAUCAGAGGAGUUCAGAUUUGAAAUCAAAGCUGCAGAGGAGCAGCUUUCAGCCAGAGGCAUGGAUGCUUCUCUGUCUCAUCAGUCCCUAGUAGCACUGUCAGAGAAAUUGGCAGAGUUAAAACGACGGACUAUACCUCUGAAGAGAAAACUGGAGUCCUAUUUAGAUUUAAUGCCGAAUCCAUCUCUUGCUCAAGUGAAAAUUGAAGAAGCAAAGCGAGAAUUAGAUUCCAUUGAAGCUGAACUUACAAAGAAAGUGGAUAUGAUGGAACUGUGACCAGAGCCAAAAUAAACAACCUUUUCCCUAACAAAUUUAAUAGGACUUUAGAGAAUUUUUUUCCCUUUAUUAUUGCUUAAUAACGUAAUUUCUGUGUUCUUAGUAGAGAUGACAAUGUCAUUAUUGAUAGAAUAAUGGUUUCUUGUUGUAUAUUGCAUUUUCGUGCCCAGAUAUAAAGUUUUCAUAUUAAAAAACCUUUUCUCUUA